UGGAGCAGUUGCAUAUCUCGAGGGUAAUCGCCGGGGCCCUACCAAAAUUUGAAGCCUUCCAACACAAAAUUCUGACUGGAAAUUUUCGUCGGUCGAAGGACGUCAAGACCGUUUUGCCUACUCUGCAGUUGAGGUCUUUCUGGACGCCUUGAACACACAGCCAUGAUCAGUUGCUUCGCUGCCAAAGAUAAGAAGAAGGAUAAAGGAAAACCCGACAAGAAGGACAAGAAGGGUGGCGGUAAAAAAGGAAAAGAUGGCGGGAAAGGAAAGGGUAGCAAAGGAAAACCUGGUAAGGGGGCAAAGCCAGAAAAGCAGGAAAGGAAGCAGUCGAGGCCGUCGGUUGGAAAACCAGAAUCCAAACCAGAAGCCAAACCAGCACCUUCCUUGGACGAAUUACCUGAGCCGGAAUUGUCGGUGCCAUUGGAGGAUCUGGAGUCGAAGGCCGCCUCGGCCAAGCCCAGCGAAAUCUCUGUAAAGGCUGAAAAGGAGGCUGUACCAGAUGAACCAGCUCCUAAAACAGAGAAGAAAUCUCCCCCAGCCGACAAGGCUAAGGCACCCUCAGCCAGUAAGACUGAGGCUAAACGGGAAGUCAGUUCCUCGUCCUCCUCAUCUUCAAUACCUGACCUCAUAUCUACCACUAUCAUACGAUCGUCGUCGUCAGUGUCUGUGGACAGGGAUGGAAAGAAAUUUUACAAGAUUGACUUGGAAAGUACCACGUGUCGUUGCCCGUAUUACGAGUUUGAUUCGUCACCUCGACAAAGCUCCACCACACAAGAGGAGUACGCUGUUCGUUCCACAGCUAGUAACGGCGAAGUAAAGCUCAACCUGAAGGUCGAAUCGAGAGAAAGGCUUCCACAGCGUGAGUACGCGUACAAUAUUGAAUUUAAUCAACCGCGAAGAACGCAACCCUACGUAUUGGAGCAGCAGCAGGAGCAGCGGAUACCGUCGAUGUGUGCGAUUAACAUUGGGCAAGCCAGGUACGAUACAGCACUGCCGUACUCCCAGCCGUCGCGCCCUCAGCUGUCAGCAACGCAGAUUGUAUGUCCACCUGCUCGGUAUUCCCCACCGCUUUAUUCUCAGACUUCUGUCCAAUCACCUGCAACUUAUUUGCAAACAACGUGCGCGCAACAGCAAUGCGGACAAAACGUAGUCAUCCAACAGAGGUGUUCCAGUGAGCGACUGAUUCAGCCUGCUGUAACGAUGCCCGCGGUGUACCAAGCGCCAACGUCCAACACCAAUGCCCAAGCACCGAGGCGACAGGCAUCCGUUGGUGUGAUUUUCUCGAACUCACGCCAAAAUCAGAAUUUUAAGUACCAAUGUGUAUGUGUCUCCGAAUCUCAGCCAAGUCAGAAGCGUUCGUCGGCGAGAGGAGCUAAGAGUAAAGGUAAUGGCGGCCUCAUUGAGGCAGGAUUCGAGUGCGCCACUUGCGGAAAGCGUAAUAUUUACCUGGUCUGUAAAGUAUGUUAUAAGAAGAACAAGAUUCAAUAUUGCCUCGAAUGCAAGGUAGAGUGCAAAGCUACGAAAAAAGAUCGCAAACGUAAGGAAAGCAACCGUCAACGUCGCAACGCCUCGCGGAUUUUGGUUGAGACCACUGAAGCCGGCAGCAAGGGACGAAAAGGUACCAAGCAGUCUGUCACGCUCUUCACUGACACGGAAGAGCCGUACACGCAGCUUAAAGUUGUAAGGUCCCAGAAAAUGGAGCCACCACCUGUGCAACCCAAGAUGGUGCUCUCGCAACAGAUGCAGUAUCAACUUCAGCAGCCCCAAAGAACAAUAUCUCAGUGUAUGGUGGCACACGUUCAACAAUCUCAGCCUUCUCAAGUUCAGAUGGCAUGUCCGCAGUUAAUACAACCUCAGACUUCACCGUUGCAACCUGUAGGAGCACAGCAAGCGCACGCCUUAUGCCUGACGCAGACGAGAUCACAGAAUUUACAGCCACCACAAACGCAGUACACUAACACUCAAAACAUUACUGCGACUUGCCCGGUGUUUCAACAACAAAUGAAUGCCACGCCAUCUGGGCAAGUACCUCAGAGCGGAGCAGCAAUUGUGAAUCUAUGUUGCCGAAGCCUUACCAAGCUAAGUCAAAAUAUGACGCCUGGCCAAAUGCAAUGUCAAACAACUGGUUACUUAGCUCCGCCGUCACCUCCCCUGUACCAGAGUGCACCUGUACCAAGCCCCCAGGCCGCGUGCCCUCCGGGGUGCCCUGUAGCAGCUCCGAUGACCUAUCAAUGCCAGACUGCUGCAUUGUGUCAACCUGGUACUGUGUACCGAGCGCAGUCCUUGCUGACUUGUGAGCCACCGCCCCCGUACCAGCGAAGCCCUGUUGCUUCCAGACAGGUCAUAGUGCAGAGAACAAGUACGACAAGGGUAAAUGCCCAGCCAGAAGCACAAGGGAUUGCCCUUGGCAUCGAGAUGCAACGAGGGAAAACAGGACGUGCAAAGUCUGAGGCCAGCUCCCGUUGGAUCACUAAAGUCACUACGCAGACAAUUAGUGAAUCCUCUCUGGAACCAAGGCGUAAAUCGAAGAGAGAUAACGGCGCCAAUGGUUCAAAGAAGAAUAAUCGUGGGAAAGACAAACGUGGUUCAUCUCUCUGCGAAUGUGGACAUGACAGCAAGUCGUGCAAACGGAACCGUUCCCCUUCGCGAAAGUGAUGCUGAUCGAGGAAGAUAACCAUACCGGCAUCCUAUUCUGUGUUUUGUCAGUGAUAAAGGAGAGUGGCACUCAUCCUGUACCGAUAUCUAUCACACGGUCAUAGACUAAACGAUUCUAUUGAUAAAGGCCGCUAUAUUAAAGACCA